GGGCUAGGUGUCCAAGAGAGGCCCAUCAAAAACCUUUACUAUAUAAUCUCUUCUCAGAAUGAAAACGGAAGGCCGGUUCUUCCCUUUCGGAAUCCUCAUCGGAAAACCUAGAUUCGAUCCGUCGCAAAGUUAAAAUGGUGGCUAAUGCUGGAGGUCCACCCAGAGGAAGUGCAGCAGCUGCUGCGAGCUUGCGUAGGCGGAGAACGGCAGGUGGUGGUGGUGCAGCUGCCGGCGGAGGUGCCAGUACGAUGCUCCAGUUCUACACUGAUGAUGCUGCUGGUGCUAGGAUGUCUCCCAACACUGUUCUCUUCAUGAGCAUUGGAUUUAUUGCUGUUGUCGCCCUUCUUCAUGUUUUCGGUAAACUCUACAUUCGUCAUUAGUGUUUCGUCAAUUCAUCAAACAUGCGUCUGAUCGAAUGUUUACCCUCCUUUUCCUUUGAUGUAUCGGAUAUGACAUAAUGUUUAUGUUUUGGUGGUAGAAAAACCAUGGUUUUGUUAUUGAA